CAUAAUUGCCAGUCUAGUGUAAAACCCUGCUACAAAUACCUUCAGCGCUGCCAAAACAGAGGAGAUAUCAAAAUCAUUCAGGCCAAGUUGGGGGUUCAAUAAGAUGUGGUUUCGUGGAGGACUAGGUGGUGGUGGUGGUGGUGGUGGUAGUAAUAUUGGGUCAAUUGUAAAAAAUCAAAUAGUGAGGCAUUUCUCAAGAGCAAGAGCAGUGGAUGUGAAGAGGAUAAACCCUAAGGUUCCAUUUUCUGAAGCUGCUUCUAUUGCUCAGUCUCUUUAUCAAGUCAUCAAAGAACAUGGUCCUCUCACUGUUUCCAAUACCUGGAAUCAAGCCAAGGAAGCAAAUAUUAGUGGAUUAAAUAGCAAAACACACAUGAAGAUAAUGCUUAAAUGGAUGAGGGGGAGGAAGAUGCUGAAGCUGUUCUGCAACCCUAACAGCAAGAAGUUUCUGCACUGCAGUUUACCAGAAGAACCACGAACUGAACAAUCAAAUAGUGCACCAGAACUGAAUCUGCAGACCAAGAGGAAGCCUUCCAAGAAGAAGACUUCAAUAAAGAGGAAAAAGCAACACAAGUAGCACCGGCAGGGACCAUUGCUAAAUUGAGGAAUGCAUAUUGGAACUCGCGACGCCCAAUCUCUUUUUGUGAUUUGAUGCUCCAUUUGGAUGGAUUGUUCUUAAUGCCUUGCAUCUGUUGUGAUUGUUCUUCAUCAUUUUGUUUAACGUAUCGGACCUUCACCCCUUGUCGGAAGAAAUUUUAUAUUUCCAUGUUUCUUGAUUCUCUAGAACAGUUGUAAUAAAGUUGAAAGAUUUAGCAA